AUGAGUAACGACGUAGAUAUGACCAAGGUCGAAGAAGAAGAAGAAGAAUGGAUAGUGUUAGACGAAUGGAACGAUGGCGACGAUGAAAAAGUGGAGGGAGAGAUUACGGACGACGAGGUCAACCACUCCGCUCAGACUAUUUAUAGUUCCGAAGACGAGACGAACGAUCGGUAUAAUCGUUUCAAAAACGAACAAAAAGCCAACGUCAUGAUAGAAGCUCCUACCGGAUCGGGCAAGACGAUGGCCAUGCUCGGAGCCGUUCGCGAAUGGAUAACGACACGACCCAGCGGCAAAAUCUACCUCUGCUCUAGAACGCACCAACAGCUCGACCAAAUGGUAGCGGUGGCCAAGGCGUUCAUCGGAGACGCCGCGCACAUUUCUCGUCUCGUCGGCAAGGACCGAGUCUGCCUCUUGGAACGGGAAGUCCACAGCGGUAACGUGCCCCAACUCUGCAGUCAACACAGGGCCUCGUCGACGUGCCGAUUCACGCUCAACAUCAAUCUCAGCGGCGCGAUUCUGAUCCUCGACGAGGCGCACAACAUUGAAACGUUUUGUAGAGACGUCAUGUCCCUACAAGUGUCCAGAUCGCAGCUUCAGACGUACGCACGACGAUUUUCUCGCUACGUCGAGCUUCGCGAAUUCUUCGAGGGGCUCCUGGCCAUGAUGAACGACGUUGGAUAUGCGAUUGUUCGCGGCGAGGAUCUCCUGGCCAACAGGAGACGCUACCUCAAGACGGACAACGUGAGCCUGGGUCAAGUCGUGAGUCCCUUAACGUCUCGACAUCCUUUGUCCGACCGGUUAAACACCACGUUGAUUGACCGCAUCGUCACUCAGUUUUACUACCCCGAGAUAUUUGGUGCCCAAGGCUUUGCAAUGUUUGUCGUCCAGGGUCACCAGUCGCCAGAACUCAGGAUGACCUGCAUGAACUCGAGUUACGCCAUGAAGUCUGUGUCGUCGUGCACGCACUCUAUCGUCCUGGCCUCGGGGACUCUGAGUCCGAUGUCGUCGUACGAAAAGGAAUUGGGCGUCUUCUUUACUCACAAGGUGUACGCCAAGGAACACGUCGUGUCCAAGCGUCACGUCUUUGUCCGUAGGAUCUCGCAUUCGCUCAAGGGUGACAAAGAGUUUUACAUGAAUUACAGCGCAUGCCAGAACGAAGAGCUACUCAAGGCCGUAGGUUCCGUCGUCUACGAGUCGACCAAGAUCCUGAAGAAAAACGUCGGCGAAACAAAGGCUGGCGUCCUGUGCUUCUUCCCUUCUUACAAGCUACUUCAGACCUGUCGAGACGUGUGGCGCAAAGUGCCUCUAUGGGCCAAGUUGGUCAAGGUGGUCGGCGGGCAUCUGUUUCUGGAAGAUUCUGAAAACUCGGACCUCUUGUUUGAUAGGUACAAGACUGCGUUGAUUGACGGAGAGCCCGGCACGGUGGCCCUGUUUCUAGUCGUGCACAGAGGCAAAAUGAGCGAAGGCGUCGACUUCUCCGAUUCGCUGGCUCGACUCGUCGUAUCCGUGGGGUUACCCUAUCCGUCGUAUCACAGUCCGGACGUAAAGGUCAAGGUCGAGUUUAACCGCAGCAGGGGCGGAAACGGGGACGAAUGGUAUAAAACGCAGGCGAUGCGAGCGGUUAACCAGUCCGUGGGACGCUGCGUACGUCACGUGAACGACUGGGGGGCCGUCCUAUUGCUCGACAGUAGGUAUUUUAGACCCGACGUUUGGAGCGAUUUAUCGCAUUGGGUCCAGGUCUGCGAAGACGAGUCGUCCACCUUCAAAGACACGAAGAAAUCUUUGCUCGAGCUAAACUCGUUUUUGAACGGUCGUCUAUGA